AACUAGCAGUCUUCUUGUUAAUUUCCUCCAAUUUUCAAAGCAGCCCUUCCAAUUUUAUAGCCUUCUCUCUCUCUCUAAAUCUCUACUUUCACAAGCACUUCUUGCCUUGUCACCUCUAAAUCUCUUUGCUUCUCAACCAAGAUCUCCCUCUCUCUCUCUCUCUCGCCCCAUCUCUCCCCGCACUACCUAUACAUAAACACAUACAAUAUAGAAUAUACACACACAUAGACACAGACAGAUCGGAUAGCAAGAGAUGGAUAAUGACGAGGAGAUUGAGGCAGCACCACAUCAGCGAGAUUUUCGGAUAGGGAGGAAGUACAGUCCAGUUGUUGCGCAGGACAGCGAUCGAGCCGUUGUCGAAAUGUCUUCCUUGGAUCCUGGAUCUUCAUCAUCCACUUCAUUCCAGAAGGUCAAAGUAGGCAUGCCGCCAAACUUGAUAACAAAUGCAAGAGAAGGGUCAUUGCCUACUCACGGAGUUGCCAAUGGUGCCCAUGAAGAAUCAAAAUUGGAAUUAUUUGGUUUUGAUUCUCUGGUCAACAUUUUAGGUCUGAAGAGCAUGACCGGAGAGCCGAUUCAAGCACCAUCCAGUCCAAGAGAAGGUGAAGAUGGUUCCAGUCCAGAGCUCCACCCGAAGAAUACUGGCAUUAAGCUGGGGACAAUGAUGGGAGUGUUUGUUCCAUGUUUGCAAAAUAUUUUGGGAAUUAUAUACUACAUCCGUUUCUCUUGGAUUGUUGGUAUGGCUGGCAUAGGCGAAUCACUGCUGCUAGUUACCUUUUGUGGCUUAUGUACAUUCUUGACUUCUGUAUCGUUGAGCGCAAUUGCAACUAACGGAGCAAUGAAGGGUGGAGGACCUUACUAUCUCAUUGGUCGGGCCUUGGGUCCAGAAGUUGGAGUCAGCAUUGGCUUGUGUUUUUUCCUUGGAAAUGCAGUUUCUGGAUCACUUUACGUAUUGGGAGCAGUAGAGACCUUUUUAAAUGCUGUACCCAGUGCAGGAUUAUUUAGAGAGACAAUUACGAGAGUGAAUGGCACAUCAGUUGCUGAGCCUAUAACAAGCCCAAGUUUACAUGAUCUCCAGAUUUACGGGAUCAUAGUGACCAUCAUUUUAUGUUUUAUUGUUUUUGGUGGCGUGAAAAUGAUCAAUCGGGUGGCGCCUGCAUUUCUUGUGCCUGUCUUGUUUUCAUUGAUAUCAAUAUUUAUUGGGAUACUUGUGGCGAAAAAAGAUCAUCCAGCAACUGGAUUUACGGGCUUAAGUACAAAAACUUUUAAAGACAAUUGGAGCCCAGAGUAUCAACCAACCAACAAUGCCGGAAUACCCGACCCUGAUGGUAAAAUAGACUGGAAUUUUAAUGCUUUGGUAGGUCUUUUUUUCCCGGCUGUCACAGGAAUUAUGGCAGGUUCAAAUCGUUCUGCUUCACUUAAAGACACUCAACGUUCUAUUCCUAUCGGCACACUGGCAGCAACUCUUACAACCACGGGACUGUACAUGUUAUCAGUUUUCUUGUUUGGGGCUCUUGCAACUAGAGACAAACUAUUUACAGACAGGUUGCUUACAGCUACUGUUGCUUGGCCUCUACCUGCACUUAUAUAUGUCGGAAUAAUCCUUUCGACCUUAGGUGCAGCUCUUCAGAGCCUGACAGGUGCUCCACGCCUGCUUGCAGCUAUAGCCAAUGAUGACAUUCUACCUGUUCUGAAUUACUUUAAGGUUGCGGAAGGGGAUGAGCCUCACAUUGCUACCCUCUUUACUGCCUUCAUUUGUAUGGGUUGUGUUGUAAUUGGAAAUCUGGAUCUUAUAUCGCCAACAACAACUAUGUUUUAUCUUCUUUGUUACGCCGGGGUGAAUCUAUCCUGUUUCCUUCUGGAUCUUUUGGAUGCUCCCAGCUGGCGUCCUAGGUGGAAAUUUCACCACUGGAGCCUCUCACUACUUGGUGCAUCACUUUGUAUAGUGAUCAUGUUUUUGAUUUCCUGGUCAUUCACUGUGGUGUCUCUGGCCCUAGCAAGCCUCAUAUAUUAUUAUGUGAGCCUUAAAGGUAAAGCUGGGGACUGGGGUGAUGGUUUCAAAAGUGCAUACUUUCAGUUAGCACUUCGAAGUCUUCGAUCUUUAGGAGCAAGCCAAGUACACCCAAAGAACUGGUACCCUAUUCCUUUAAUAUUUUGUCGUCCAUGGGGAAAACUACCAGAAAAUGUACCCUGCCAUCCAAAGCUUGCCGACUUUGCCAACUGCAUGAAGAAGAAGGGGAGGGGGAUGUCCAUCUUUGCCUCUAUCCUUGAUGGUGAUUAUCAUGAAUGUGCAGAAGAUGCAAAGAUCGCUUGCAAGCAACUUAGUACCUAUAUAGAGUACAAACGCUGUGAAGGUGUUGCUGAGAUAAUUGUGGCGCCCAAUAUGUCUGUAGGCUUUCGUGGCAUUGUACAGACUAUGGGGCUUGGGAACCUGAAGCCCAACAUUGUGGUGAUGAGAUAUCCAGAAAUAUGGCGUCGUGAAAACUUGAUAGAAAUUCCAGCCACUUUUGUGGGAAUAAUCAAUGACUGCAUUGUGGCAAAUAAGGCAGUUGUUAUUGUCAAGGGUCUAGAUGAAUGGCCAAACGAGUAUCAGAGGCAGUAUGGUACGAUUGAUUUGUAUUGGAUUGUGAGAGAUGGUGGUCUUAUGCUUCUCCUCUCCCAGCUCCUCCUUACUAAAGAGAGCUUUGAGAGCUGUAAGAUACGGGUAUUCUGCAUUGCUGAGGAAGAUUCUGAUGCAGAGGAGCUUAAGGCUGAUGUCAAGAAAUUUCUUUAUGAUCUUAGGAUGCAAGCAGAAGUUAUUGUUAUCUCAAUGAAAUCAUGGGAUACCCAAGCAGACGCUGAAUCAAAGCAGGACGAGUCAGUUGAGGCAUUCGAAGCUGCUCAGCGCAGGAAUGCUAGUUACUUAAAAGAGAUGAAAGAUAAAGCAGAGAAAAACGGAACAGAGCUAAUGGCUGAUGGGAAGCCUGUGGUAGUCCACGAGCAACAGGUUGAAAAAUUCCUUUACACCACUCUUAAGUUGAACUCAACAAUUCUAAGAUAUUCAAGAAUGGCUACAGUUGUGCUUGUAAGUCUACCACCACCUCCUGCCAACCAUCCGGCAUACUUCUAUAUGGAAUAUAUGGAUCUAUUAGUGGAAAAUGUUCCUAGGCUUUUGAUAGUCAGAGGAUACCGUAGAGAUGUUGUCACCCUCUUCACCUAGUUUAUAAAAUACUCUUGUUAUUCAUAAAUUUCUCCUAAAUUUUUGUUUAUACAACUUUUUUAGUUAAAAGACACUCAUUCUUUUCUUGAUUUUACCACAAAUAGUCAUAGGUGAAAAUUUUCUAUAUACUUGUUAAGAGCCCAUUUUUGUGGCUAUACAUAUGAGUUGUGCUCAAACUGGCAGCAUUUUUUUGUUA